GUACCGGAAGUGAAGAUUCUGUCACAUGUGUGUGAAGACAGUGGCAGCUGAAAAUGGAUUGUACAGAUUCAACAUCUUCGGGACAUGUUUCUAAAAAAAAGAGCAAAACAAAGAAACUAAAGCGAACGAUGAAAGCCGUUAAAGCGCCAGUGGAAGAGAUGGACCAGGCGGAGUGUGAAGUAAAAGAAGAAAAGUCAGCUUCAGGACCGUGUUUUCCUCCCACUUUCAGCGUGUCUGAGAUCAAAAAUAAGCAGCGCAGACAUACGAUGUUCCUUAAACUCAAAGAGGAGAAAAGAAAGAAAAGAAUGGAACUGAAGAAAAAAGAAAGAAAAGCUCUUGGUGAUAAGGCUCCACCUAAAGAAGUUCCCAAGACAAUAGAAAACCAGAGAAUAUACGAUGAAACUACAGUCAAUCCAGAGGAUGAGGAGGUGGCUUUUGAUGAAGGAACUGAUGAGUUCUCGGCUUACUUCAAUCGGCUUACAAAUCCUAAAGUUCUCAUCACCACUUCAGACAGGCCCAGAGGAAGGACGGUGAGAUUUUGCGAUCAAUUGGCAACAGUAAUCCCACAUGCAUACGUGUACUACAGAAGAGGUCUGGCUCUGAAAAAAGUCAUUCCACAAUGUAUAUCAAGGGGUUUCACGUAUCUUAUGGUGAUUAAUGAAGACCGAAAAGUGCCAAAUGGUAUGGUUCUUUGUCACCUUCCCGAUGGGCCAACUGCACAUUUCAAAGUCAGUAGUGUUCGCCUUCGCAAAGAAAUGAAGAGAAGAGGUAAAAACCCAACAGAACACUCCCCAGAAGUCAUUCUCAACAACUUCACUACAAGACUUGGUCACUCCAUUGGCCGUCUCUUUGCUGCUCUGUUUCCUCAUGAUCCACAGUUUGUGGGCCGUCAAGUGGCCACAUUUCACAAUCAAAGAGACUUUAUCUUUUUCAGGUUUCACAGGUAUAUAUUCAAGAAUGAAAAGAAAGUGGGUAUACAAGAACUAGGACCUCGCUUCACACUUAAACUCCGCUCCUUACAGAAGGGAACCUUUGACUCAAAAUUUGGGGAAUACGAGUGGGUUCACAAG